UUUAAAGUUGUAGACCCCUACGUUUAUUUCUGGUUAACAAAUGUCUCUCGAAGGGGUUCUAAACAAUUCUGAACAAAAUAGCGGGGAAAUCAAAGUUGGAUUCUGUGAAGAUAAUAUGAUAGUUGAUAAUAAUAGUGAUAAUGAUAAUGGUUCUUUGGUUCUUUUGGGCUAUUCAACUGAAAGUGUUACGGGUGAUAUGGAACCAGCGAGUUUCUCAUGUAAACAAAUUGGAGAAUCUAUUAUUAUGAGAAGUGUUGAGGAGUGGUUUGGACAUAGGACCGAUUUAGAUUAUGAUAGCAUUAGGACUGAUAAUUUAUGUUUUAAUAGUGAUGGUAUCAGUGAAAGCAAUAAUGCAGGCCUAGCUGAAAGAACAAUUUCACCUCUUGUCUCUAACAGCAAUUCAAUUAUAGAAGAUGGUGCCUAUAUCAACAGUUGGGAUGACUUGGUUUUAGAUUCGGAUAGUGGGGUCUUAAUAGCCAAAAAUAAUCCUUCAUUUUUAAGCUCACAGGCAAAAUCUGAAUGUGAUCUUGAAUUACCUAAAGCUAUUGUAUCUGAUGUAUACCUGAAUGUGUCUUCCAGACCGCAAAAUGUCCAGCUACCACUUACAAAAAUUUGUGAAAAACAAUCAACUUCAUUUGGCUCUGAACUCAAACUAAAGAUCAAACACAUAUCCUCUGAAAAUACAACACACAAAGCUAAUGAGAGAACCAAAGUCAAGUGUAUCAGUACAAGUUUACCUUUCAUUAAGAUUCCAAGAAACUGUUUGAUGAAAGGCAAAAUCCUUGGUAAAGGGGACAUUUCUCUGCUUUCUGGUAAUAGACCUAUUUCAUUUUUAAAAAGCCCAACAAAUUUUAAUUCAGACAUUACUAAUGCAAGCCAAGCACUGGGGCUUAGUGUAGAUAUUAUACCUGAUGUAAAUAAAACCGUUGAUACUACUCUAACCAGUAAGUUUACUGUGAUUGAUAAAGGACAACUUUAUGGUACAAAACUCACUAAGAUACAACAACACCACUACAAAUCCAAUGUUAACAUGGGUGAAACAAACAUCAAUGUUGCAGUUCCAGUGGAGUCAUCCAAGCCUAAGAAAAACAAAUCCCUGGCCAUUAAGCCUUCGAACUCUCGGAGCAUAUUAAAAAGCAGUGUCUCCAAUAAAAGUGUUGAAUUACCUACUGAUCUAGCUACAAAAAUUUGCGAAACCCCGCCUUCAGAGACUUUGAAUACCAAAAAUUCGAAUCCAUUAGCUUUAGUAGCAAUAUCGACAAAUAAGGGUAAUGAUACAACUGAAAUCAUUAUAAAAACUGAAGAUGGUGAGAACGUUUUCAAAGGAAAAACCAGUGACAUCAUGAAAGCAACUAGUUCAAAAAUGAAGGUUAAAGUUAAGUUAUCACAAAAGAAGGACAAACAAUCCAAGACCUAUAACACGGAACAUGAUUCUGCUCAGGUAGAACAAUUGAUAAGUAAAGUGUGUGGCAUGGAUCUGAACACUCUAGAGGACUAUGAUGCAAUUUCCCAAGGCCCUUUGAAUUGUCCUAUUGACGAUUGCAAUUACUCCACCAUGAAAGGUCCAGUGAUGAAAGUGCACAUUCUCCAACAUUAUAAAAUUCGCCCAUUCAAGUGCAACUAUCCAGGCUGCACUUGGGCAUUUUACACAAAUUUUCGUUUGAAAAGGCAUCAAGGGAUCCACUCAAGAGGGCCUAAGAAGAAAGAAUUCCAAUGUCCUGUAGGAGGGUGCGGAAGGAGAUUUACGACUGCCUACAACGUUAAUACACACAUGAAGUUACACGAGCGACCGAUCAUGGUUACCUGCCAAAUAAACGGAUGUGACCGAGCGUUUCAAACGAGACGCGGCUACGAAAAACAUCUGAAGGACCAUGGCAUCCAGUACGCUCCUUAUGUGUGUUCUAUUGAGGGUUGCGGCAAAAAGUAUUUCACCAUUAACUCCCUCAACUCCCACCUCCGCAUCCACCAGCAUCCCGAGGAGGAACUGAAAUGCUCCUAUUGUGAGAAACGAUUCGAGCAGCCUUGUCGACUAAAGGCACACAUGAACACACACUUGGGCUUUAAACCGUACGUCUGCGACUUUGAGAAUUGCCCAUGGGCUUUCACAACCUCCAGCAAGUUACGAAGACACCAACGAAAGCACACACAGACUAGAAAACACAUUUGUAAAGUUUGUAACAAGUCAUUUCUACGUUCUGAACACUUGAAGGAUCAUAGCCUGAAGCAUUUUGUUAAAAGAUCGUUCCUGUGUUCUAUCCGUGAUUGUGGGAUGAUGUUUUCCAACAAGUCGACAAUGUACGCCCACCUCAAGAAACACCGAGUACAAGACGCCAAGAUAAGCGAGACAACGGUGACGACGUUCCCAUGCCCCAUAGACACUUGCAAAAUGGUGUUUAACACAAUAGAAAGUCAACGCAUACACAUGCAGAACUGCCAUGUACUGACAGGUUUAAUCAACAAUGAAAACUCGCAGGACACUAUUCAGUUGCUCUCAGACGACAACUUGAUUGCUUUAGACGGCCUCCCGGGAAAUAGUGCAUCCUCAGGUUCGGGAAUGGUCAGUUUCAACUCACAGGAAGGACUGUUGGUCGGAAUGUCAGAUUUGGUGCAAUGCAUUCCUGUCAUGGAGCAAGGUGACUUUUCCGAGUCUAACUCGUCCAACAAUAUCACCACCCAAGUCGUGUUCACUGAUGACAUGGAGGAUGGUGACAAUCAAGUUAUGGAGGAAUCGAACCCUUUAAACAUCACUGAAACUGAGAAUAUUGGCUCGGCACGCACAGAUAUUCCUUACAAGGCGGGGCCCAGGGACAAGCAGAUGUCUUCAUUGGCGGGGCAGCACAGCAGAGGCCUACACUCCGCCUCGGAUGUGGUGUUGUCUUCAGGUCUGCUGGAGCGGGGUCUACUCUUACAGGACGAGUUAUCUGGAGGUGACUUGUACUCGAGUCAGGAGGAGAGUGGGAGUCUGUUGAGCAACGUGGGGGAACUGCAAGUACUCCUCUUGGACUCUUCUACGAGAGAGCAAACUUCGGAGUUUGAACAAUCCACGAUCAACCUACGAGAUUUGGAGUAACCAACACUGCCACGCUAGUCGAUAAUCGUAAGUCGUUACUGACCCUAUAAACUUCAACUUGCACAUGUUUCAAACUGUGAUCUAUGUAGUGUUUGUGAAAAUUGAGUGACAUUGAGAUUAAACUCAUGAUUUUAUUGUAACUCGUAACUCAUAGGUACAGUUGACUCUCUUCCAUUCGGACCUCUGACGUUCGUAUUGGACCCAUUUAAAAACUACCAAACUUUCAAACUACCAGAUAUUUACACCAAAACUACUAAAUACGUUGUAAAUAUGUGUGAAAAAAUGGUAAACACUAAUACUCUACAAAAGGGGUGUAGCAAAAAUAUCUGUACCAAAAAGUUGGACAAACAUGUGGUGACUUGUUUUACAAGAGUAUGAACAAAACCUGUAAGUGUUAUGCACGGAGGCUGUAGAAAGUCUGAAAUUGAGAUGAGUCAUCUGUACCAAUUGAUUACUAUUUAGAAGCUUUAAAACAACACAAGAAUGGACGUUUUAAGCAACUUGUUCUUAUAAACUAUUAGUUACCAUUCAUCUUGUAAUAUUACUUUCUGAAUUGUGUAAGAUAUCAGAAAUAAUAAUUUGUAUAUUUUUUUAAGAAUAUUUUUAUAGUGAUUAAGUUUUUUUUUUUUGCUCGUAUCUACGCCAGUGGCAUUUUUGUAAUGUUUGGUUAAAUCAUGAAAUAUGAGCCCUUAUGUUUUUACGAUAUCUUUAAAAAUAUAUAUUUUUUUUAUUAAAAUAUAACGAUUAGCAUUUUAUUUUUGCAAACUUAGUUAAUUUACCUUCUUCAAAUAUUUGGUUACAUACUAGGGUAAAAUAAGUUGUGAAAUCAUAAUAAUUUACAAGUUUUUCAGACCUGUUAUGACAUUUAAUCUGAAUGAUAAAAUUAUUGUAAGUAAUGAAAUUAAAUGAUUUUCUGAGCCACCUAUACUGAAUGAAUCAAAAGGUUAACGGUUCAAUCGUAAGAAGUUGUUUUUAAAAAGUAACUGGACCCAUUUCCCCUUGAUUAUUAUUAUUACUAUUAUCAAUUAUUUAAGAUGGGGACGCCACUAUGUGUGUAUUUUAAUCCAAAUAUGAGUGUAGGAUGAGUGGCACGAUCUUGUAGUCUUGUUAGUGACUAAGGCCGACAUAUUCCUUAGACACAGCUGUUAAUUAAUAGCCCAAACAGAUAAUGGCAACUAAGGGACCUACAGUUUAAUAGUAGAAUCCGAACUACAUUCUUGCCUUUGUAUUAAAUUGGUCUAAUUAUCAGGAUAGUACUGCGGAUAGUCGUAGUACUCACUAGUGCGGAUGUUAAUCCACACCAGGGAGUAUUGCAUCCACAGUGCAUCUCCAUAACCAUUAUUGGACUCAUAAUGGUCCUCCUGGCUAACAGCUGAUUUCAUUCAUUUAGCAAAAUACAAAAUGGCGGAUUAGUUAACAAAGUGAUUUUGAAAAAAAUUUCAACAAAGUGAUUUUGAAAAAAAAUUUCAUUCAUAAUUUUCUCUUUGUUUUGCACCAUUGACCCAUAGAACCAUCUCCAGAGUUAAGCUGUUUACUUACAGGACACCCUGUAUAAAUUAAUCUGAAAUAGUCACAAAAGAUAAUAAAUAAUCUGAAACUGUAUACAGUAUAUAGGUGGAUUGUAACAAAUAUUUAGUUGUUUAUUUAUUUAGAAAACUAAUCAAUUGUACUUUGAUCAAGAAUUGUCACAUAAGUUGACGUGAAGUGUUUUGUAUUUGUGAAU